AUGUCGGAGAAGAGAAGAAUCAAGAGCCUCGAGGAGGUGGAAGUCGAGCUCGAAUAUUUUGGCUUGACUCGACAAUCCGCUGCUGCUAUCGUCAGACUUGCGAAUAACCUCAAGCAAACCAGAAAGCUUCGAGCCGCUCACAUCGAGCUCCUUGUCCCCGGCAGACGACUGCACCCUCCCUCGCCGCUUGGCCAGAUUGUCUGGAACCAGACCGAUGGCGAGAUCAAGAUCGACAUCAUCGGCGAGAUUGGAGAGAGCUCAGAUGGCCAUGACAGCGAGCCAGAGCCAGCCUCUCGCAACGAGGCCUCUUCUUCGGGAGCCACCACGGACGUGAACGCCACCGACGACGAUGGAUCGAGCAAAGGCUCGGCCACUCUGGACGAUGUUGCAUCCAGCCUCGAGAACCUUUGGAUCUCGCAAGAUUCUUCUCCCUCUGCAGCAGAACGCUCGACCGAUAUUCCUCCCAAGGAAGCUGAAGAAGAAGACCCGUACGAUACCCCCCACAACAGGGACGAUUUCAGAUGGUGGUGA